GGGCUGGAAAGUACCGCGUCAUCGCACUUCGUCACAUGGUCACGUGUGACUGCAGUGGGGCGAGUGGGCGGGUCUGCGCGGCAACGUUCCCAGUGACGUCAUCGAGUGCGGUUGGCCUUAAUUUCACCAAAAUGGCGUCAGUAAGGUGAAUGGAAAAGAAACACAGUCUCUGUCGGUUUCUUAGCGCGAGGAGAGAGCUUCUCUCUUACCUUUACCCUUUUUCUGUUCCAUGUAUGACAUUGGUUUUAGUCUUUUGGGAUAUUACAAAAAGGACUGUAUUUAGUUAGCAGCUUUCCAGUAGAACGGAGAAGUAGGAUGGUAAUAUCAUGACACAGAGUAAGAAGAAGAAGCGGGCGAAUCGCAGUCUCCUGCUGGCCAAGAAGAUCAUCAUCAAGGAUGGAGGGACGCCCCAAGGUUUUGGAGCUCCCAGUGUUUAUCAUGCUGUGAUUGUCAUCUUUUUGGAGUUCUUUGCUUGGGGUUUGCUUACAGCACCCACACUGGUGGUGCUGCAUGAGACCUUUCCAAAGCACACUUUUCUGAUGAAUGGCUUGAUCCAGGGAGUGAAGGGUUUGCUGUCCUUCCUGAGUGCACCGCUGAUCGGAGCUCUUUCAGAUGUUUGGGGGAGGAAGUCCUUCCUCCUGCUCACCGUCUUCUUCACAUGUGCUCCCAUCCCACUCAUGAAGAUCAGCCCUUGGUGGUACUUUGCAGUCAUCUCGGUGUCUGGAGUGUUUGCUGUGACGUUCUCUGUGAUUUUUGCCUAUGUGGCCGACAUCACUCAGGAGCACGAACGCAGCAUGGCCUACGGAUUGGUCUCGGCCACAUUCGCCGCCAGCCUCGUGACUAGCCCAGCCAUCGGGGCCUACCUCUCCCGGGAGUACGGCGACAGCCUGGUGGUGGUGUUGGCUUCGGCCAUUGCCAUGUUGGACAUCUGCUUCAUCCUGGUGGCGGUGCCCGAGUCGCUGCCUGAGAAGAUGAGGCCGGCAUCCUGGGGGGCACCCAUCUCUUGGGAGCAGGCCGACCCCUUCGCUUCUCUGCGGAAAGUGGGCCAGGACUCUACAGUGCUGCUCAUCUGUAUCACCGUGUUCCUCUCCUACCUACCUGAGGCGGGCCAGUACUCCAGCUUCUUCCUUUAUCUUCAGCAGAUAAUGGACUUUUCUCCUGAAAGUGUUGCAGCCUUUAUUGCUGUCCUUGGAUUGCUGUCUAUUAUUGCACAGACUGUGGUGUUAAGUUUAUUGAUGCGAUCCAUUGGGAACAAGAACACUAUCUUACUAGGUCUGGGAUUCCAGAUCCUGCAGCUUGCCUGGUACGGCAUAGGCUCGGAGCCAUGGAUGAUGUGGGCAGCAGGAGCUGUGGCAGCCAUGUCCAGUAUUACAUUCCCAGCAAUCAGUGCUCUUGUGUCUCGAACCGCAGACCCUGACCAGCAAGGGGUCGGCCAGGGCAUGAUCACUGGUAUCCGCGGCCUCUGUAACGGCCUUGGACCAGCUCUCUACGGCUUCAUUUUCUACAUCUUUCACGUGGAGUUAAAAGCGGUGGCUGAUGACAGCCAAGAGUUGCAACACCACACUCAGAUCAAACAGCAGAGUGCAAUAAUCCCAGGCCCGCCCUUCCUGUUCGGAGCCUGUUCAGUGCUGCUCGCCCUGCUGGUGGCUCUCUUUGUCCCUGAGCACACCCACCUGGCUCCACGUCCCGGUAGCUGGAAGAAGCACACUUCACCCCCUGGCCACCCACAUAGCCCACAGCCCCCCGGAGAGGCCAAAGAGCCUCUUCUCCAGGACACUAAUGUGUGAGGAAUGACCCCUUCCUGCUCACUUCGCACAUGGGAAAACCACGGUGGACCACUUUUUGCGUCAGAUUUAAAGGAAUAUAUUUUAAAAGAAUUGCUAGUAUUUAAUAGCCACUUUUUUAUGUAUUGUUGCAUAAAAAGAUUUUAAAUGGGCGCGUCUCACUCAGGGAUAUAUACCUGGUAAGACAGGGCUGUGUCUGAACACAGUGUGUUCACCAAUCAGUUUCUGCUGCAGCGAGAAAAGGCUGCGCAGCACAGGUCUUCGGACUCCAUCGUUCUGGGCCUUUGGGCAGGACGGCACGUCUGACGGUGCACGUGAGUGAAAUAAGACCGGGAAAGGCAUCUUCAACUUUCCACUGGGCGCAUCCGCAGAAUGUGCGAAGCAAAAGUGAAAUGGAUUGAACAGUUCUGCGGUUGCAUUCUAAGUACCUUAGUUUUGAUCACGUGUAAUAGUUGCCUGAGCAUUUAUGACCCAUUUGUUUUGUUUACUUCCGUAAUUGUCAACAGUUGGACAGUACUUGGUGGAGAGGAAAACUUGGUGGCACUGCAGGUGCCCCCAGCUCCUGGUGUCAGUGGAAAUUCACAUAAGCCUUGUGCUAUCUCAAGUAUUUAGAACCUCCCUACUUAAAAGUAAGCUAGAAAAUGUUUAUGGCCAAGUUGUGUACUGUUUAAUCUUGCAUAUUUAUGGCAAAAUGUUUACAUACCAGAUGUUUAACAGUGUUUUGCCUUUAAAGCAUUCUGUCAACAUUUAGACUUGUGUAAAAAUCUGAUACUGUAUAGCUUUUGAAAGUGGAAACUUAUCAGUGGCCUUCUGUAUAAAUUGUCAUAAACCAUGCUAAUCUGCCAAAUAGCUGAAAUAUUACAAGGAAUUGUGACUUGUGUAGUUUUGUGAGAUUCAGUUAUUUAUAACUGAUGUACUGUAAUAUUGAAAAAUUACUGGAUUUUUGUUUCAUCUGCAUUGUGGUUCUGCUGCCUUUUGUUUUAAAUU